CAAACUCUCGGGUAACAUGACUUCCUACUAAUCACAUGAUCACAUGACGGGAAGUACAAUAUUUUGUUUUGGUUCAUGUGACAAAACUAUCCUAUCCUUACUUCCCUACAGAUUUACAAGGCACAGAGAUAGUGAACUGGCAGGGACUCUGCAACCAUGGGGUCACUAUUCAGGACAGAGGAAAUGCGUUUCUGCCAGAUGUUUGUGCAGACAGAGGCUGCCUACCAUUGCAUCUCAGAAUUAGGAGAACUUGGAUUAGUCCAGUUUAAAGAUCUGAAUACUAAUGUCAACUCUUUUCAAAGAACUUUUGUAAAUGAGAUUCGCAGAUGUGAGGAAAUGGAAAGAAAGCUUCGCUACACAGAAAAAGAGAUUUUAAAAGAAGGGAUGAAAAUACCAGACAAUAGAGAGGAUCCUAAAGCUCCUGCACCAAAAGAAAUGAAUGACCUUGAGGUUGAGUUUGAGAAAAUGGACACAGAGUUGCGCCAGGUGAAUACUAAUAACGAGGCCCUGAAACAAAACUUUCUGGAAUUGACUGAGUUGAGAGAAGUUCUUAACAAAACUCAGGAUUAUUUUCGCAUGUAUGGGUCAGACAUUCAGCACAUGAUGGAAGAAGAAACAGGUGUGCCACACGAAGAAGCAAUCAUUGGCAGACAACAACAGGCUGCCCUAGGAUUUUUUGUUGGCACAGUGCUUAGAGAAAAAGUUCCAGUCUUUGAGCGUGUCAUGAAAUUUAUAACUCACAGUACUGUCUUCAUGAGAACUGAGGAAAUAGAGCGUACUUUUAAAGACCCUAUUACUGGUGAUGAUCUGCACAAGAGUAUGUUUAUUGUAUUCUAUCAAGGAGAUCAGCUCAGAAACAAAGUGAAGAAAGUUUGUGAAGGCAUGAGAGGCACUAUCUAUCCUGUACCAGAUUCUCCCCAGGAAAGAAACACAAUGCUGCAAGGUGUUAACACACGGAUCAGUGACCUAGAAAAUGUUUUGACUCAAAGCAAUGAACAUCGUCAGCGUGUCCUGAGAAAUGCCCAGAAAGAGUUGAGAUCAUGGACUAUCAAGGUUGAGAAAAUCAAGGCCAUCUACCACACCCUGAACAUGUUCAAAGUUCACCAAAACAGUCUCCAUGCUGAAUGUUGGUUUCCAGCCAAAGCAAUCGAUGAUAUUAGGAGAGCUCUGAACACAGGAGAAAAAGUCAGCAACAGCACCAUCCCAACUGUCAUCCAGCCCAUGCACACUAAUGAAUCCCCUCCAUCUUACUACAACUGCAACAGAUUUGUCAAAGGAUUUCAGAACAUUGUAGAUGCCUAUGGCAUGUCUACUUAUGGGGAAGUUAAUCCAGCUCCUUACACCUGUAUCACCUUCCCAUUUCUGUUUGCUGUCAUGUUUGGUGAUGCUGGACAUGGUUUGAUCAUGUUCUUGUUUGGUCUCUUUCUGGUCAUCAAGGAGAAAUCCAUUGGAUCAAAAAGAAUAGCCAAUGAGAUUGCUAACACAUUCUUUGGUGGCAGAUACAUUAUUAUGAUGAUGGGGGCCUUCUCUAUCUACACAGGAAUCAUCUACAAUGAUUUCUUUUCUAAAUCUGUCAACAUCUUUGGAUCACAGUGGCAUCCAGUUAUUAAACAAGAAGAAUGGGAAUCUGACGAUAUACAGCUGAAUCCAGUAACUUCUCACUACAAUGUGACUGCAUAUCCUAUUGGUAUUGAUCCGAUCUGGCAGGCGGCAAUGAACAAGAUUUUAUUCUUAAAUUCACUCAAAAUGAAAAUGGCUAUCAUCCUUGGUGUGAUACACAUGCUUUUUGGUAUCUGCUUACAGAUUUUCAAUCAUGUCCAUUUUAAGAAUUACAUUGACAUUUUUAUUCGAUUCAUCCCUGAGUUUCUCUUCUUGGGAUGCCUGUUUGGUUACCUGGUAGCUACAGUAAUCUACAAGUGGUUGAUGUUUGAUGGCACCAAGUCUCACUGUGCACCAGCCUUGUUGAUCCAUUAUAUUAAUAUGUUUAUGUUCAAGUACACAAAUCCUGACACUGCAAUAGAGAAAUGUGACCCAGAUUUGAUGUAUUACAAGGGGCAGGAUGGUGUUCAAUAUGCAAUGUUCUUCAUUGCGAUUUUUUCUGUUCCUGUUCUACUAAUAGUCAAGCCUGUCUAUGUCAUUUGCAAGAACAAAAGAAAAGGACACGACUUUUCAGAUCAUGCAGCUUUGAUUAGCCAUGAAAUACCACCAGCUAAUCCUCUAGCCCCUAUCCCUGGAACAUAUGUAAACCAUGGGGCUGUGGAGUUAGGGCAAGUCAACAUGUCCUAUGAGUAUGAAAAUGCUGAUGAAAUUAGAAAUGGAAGAUUUGUCAGGGAAGAAGCUAAACCUCCGGCUGCUAUUGAGGAAGGGGAAGAGCACAAAGGUGAACAUGGUGGUCAUGAAGAACAUGGCACAGGGGAAGUAAUCAUUCAUCAGGCUAUUCACACCAUUGAGUUCUGUUUAGGUUGUAUCUCCCAUACUGCCUCUUACCUUCGACUCUGGGCUUUAUCUCUAGCUCAUGCUCAGCUGUCUGAAGUACUAUGGAGCAUGGUCCUGCGUCUCUCACUGAAGAUGGCUGGCAGAUAUGUGGGCUCUCCCAUCAUUUUUGUUAUCUUUUUCAUCUGGGCUAACCUGACAGUGGCCAUCCUGUUGCUUAUGGAAGGCCUUAGUGCUUUCCUCCACACUCUUCGAUUGCAUUGGGUCGAGUUCAAUUCUAAAUUCUACAUGGGUGAAGGUUAUGCCUUUACACCUUUCAACUUCAAACAUAUCCUGAAUAUGCAGUCUCUAGAAGAUAUUUCCUAAGUUUUUUUUGUUUCUCAUACUAAGUGCCUUACUUGACCAUUGACCUUUCUGUGAUCAUACUUUUUCAAAAUUUUUAGUAAUUAUCAAACAAACAAAACGUACAUUCUAAGCAAAACAUUUUUUUUGGAGCUAAAUUUUCUAUUUUCUUUUAUUCUUGUAAGCUAUUAAUUGGUCAAAACAACAAAAAUCUAUUUUUGUUACUUUUGUAUACAUUUUACUCAAGAUAUAUAUUUACCACUAGUGGACAUGAACAAUGAUAGUUUACCAAUUAAAAAAAAAUGAUUUUUUUGUUUGUUUCAAUGUAGAGUUAAUGUAGUUUAAAUGAUUGUUAUUUGCUUUCAAAACAAAACAAAUUUAUUUAUACUGAAGUUUUUCAAAGUUAUGUAGAUUUCUAAAUGCUUCCCAAGGACUAAUGACAUUGUGAUUUUUGAUAUAUUAUUUUAUUUUUGUGAAUUCAUUUUGGUGUUCCAUUCCAAAGAAAAGAUUACAUUUUAUGUUAUGUAUAUUAUGCUGAAAAACAAAUCCCUGCAAAUUUGUAACAUUCCUUUUUAAUGUUUAGUCCUGUAGUUAUGUAUUUAACAUUUACUUGGAGAUGAAAGUCAUGUUGUUACAAUAAGAGUAGAAGCAUAUAAUAACUUAAUAUGUACCAGUAUAGCUGUAAACAUACAACUCUCUAUAGUGUAUGGGAAGGUGAGAUUUUAAGUUUUUGAAAUAAAAUAUUAGUUUGCAUAAA